AUGGAUCCAAACGAAGAAGUUGGCCUUGAAGAGCGCCUGAAAUCCGCUCUUUGGCUAGCUAUUGGGAAGAUAGUUGAUGACGAAACCAUCAAACUUGGUGUGAAUGCCACGCCUCAGUUCAUCGGGGCCUUGACGGAGAUGGUCUGGGCCCAAAUAGAGACAGUCAGCCAGGAUUUAGAAUCCUUUGCUAAGCAUGCCGGACGCUCGACAGUUAAUGUUUCCGACGUAAUGCUUUUGGCGCGGCGCAACGAAGGACUGGAAUCCAUCCUGCGCGCUUUUAUUGACCAGCAGCGCGAGGAAGAAACUUGA